CGCGGGCCGGAACCUCGAGCUUAUUUUCAGUUGCUUUUUAAAGACGGAAAGCUCAUGGUGCAAAUUGUUAUUUCCAGUGCUGGGGCUGGAGGCCUGGCAGAAUGGGUGCUGAUGGAGCUACAGGGGGAGAUCGAGGCUCGCUACAGCACUGGAUUAGCUGGAAACCUCCUGGGAGACCUACAUUACACCACUGAGGGAAUCCCUGUGCUGAUCGUGGGGCAUCAUAUCCUGUAUGGAAAAAUCAUCCAUCUGGAGAAACCUUUUGCCGUUCUUGUCAAACACACUCCUGGGGAGCAGGACUGUGAUGAACUUGGCUGCAAGACUGGCACCCGGUACCUGGUGACAGCACUCAUCAAAAACAAGAUCCUUUUCAAAACUCGCCCCAAGCCCAUUAUCACCAACGUCCCCAAGAAAGUAUGAAAGAACCCCGGAUUUUCCCCAGAGAGCGGCCAACUCCUUGGACUCGUGCUCAGUUGCCACCUCGAGGACGGCUCGACGGUUCCCUGGGACCACAGGGGGGUCCUGUUUUGAACACAGGCCACCCGCUAGGCAUGAAUUCUGAUCCCUUCCUCAUGGCAUCCGGUUCUCUUGGUGGAAAUCUGGCCCCAUUUCCAAGGAACCCAUCGCCUUUUCCAACUUCAUCAGGCUCAUUGGCUUCAAAUCCAGCACCUUUCCCUGCUGGUGCUCGUGACCCAGCCAUGGCUUCUUUUCCAAGAGGGAUGAAUCCCACUGGUGCAGGUGCAGUUUCUUUCCCAAGGCCCAGUGGCCUUUUGGGCCCAGGCCCAGGGCCAUCUCUAAACCCUAGGGCAGGGGCUCUUCCAGGUCCAGGGCCUCUGUCUAACCCAAGGUUAGGGGGUCUCCCAGGGCCGGGUCCUAUGUCCAACCCAAGGUCGGGUGGUCUCCUGGGAACAGGUCCUGACCCUAGAAGUGGCGGCCCUAUGGGCCCUGGGCCUGGGCCCAACCUGAGAGCAGGUGUCCUGUUGACUCCUGGGAAUGGUCCUCCUAAUCCUAGGCCCGUUGGCCUGGGACCAGGACCAAGUCCCAAUCUGAGGUCAGGCUUUGUUGGUACAAACCCUGCCCCGAGGUCGGGUAUGUUUCCAGGCCCGGGCCUUGGGCCCAGCCCAAGAGCAG